AUGGCAUCAAUUGAGGUCAAGUCACGUUCUAAGUCAAUUAAACCAUAUUCAUCAAAUGAAUUGACUACUGACUCAUAUGUUCAAGAAUUAAUUGAUGAGCUUAGUAUUGAUAAUCAUAUUUCAAAACAUAGGUUAAGAAUUACAAAAUUACAUAAUGGUAAACAAGUUCCAUUAGUAGCUCAUGAAACUUUCGCUCAAAAUGGUAUUCCAAAAGGAUCGGAAAACUUUCAAUUAUAUGCCAAGGAUUUAGGUCCCCAAAUUUCAUGGAGAACUGUGUUUUUAGUUGAAUAUUUCGGACCAUUUAUUUUCCAUCCAUUAUUUUAUUUUUUUAGUAUAUUCUAUGGUGUAAAACCAUUUCCUCAUACUAUUACUCAAACAAUUGCAUUUAAUUUAGUAUUAUUACAUUUCUUAAAACGUGAGUAUGAAACUGUUUUUGUUCAUAAAUUCUCAAAUGCGACUAUGCCAAUUUUUAAUAUCUUCAAGAAUUCAACUCAUUAUUGGAUUUUAUCAGGCUUCAAUUUAGCUUACUUCGUGUAUGCUCCAACUAAUCAUUAUACUGGAAUCUUGAGUUAUGUUUUUCACGUCAAUGAAUUACCAAAUUGGGCUACUAUUUCAUUAGUUUUACUUUGGGCAUUUGCUGAAUUCUCAAAUUUCACAACUCACAAAAUCUUAAGUGAUUUAAGAAAUCAAGAUGCUAAAAAAUAUGUUAUACCACAUGGUUGUGGAUUUGAUUUAGUUUCUUGUCCAAAUUACUUUUUUGAAUCAUUAUCAUGGUUUGCUUAUGCUUUAUUAGUAGGUAAUUGGUCUGCUUGGGUGUUUUUUGUUGUAAGUACUGGUCAAAUGUGGCUUUGGGCUGUCAAGAAACAUAAAAGAUAUUUGAAAACUUUUGGUGAUGAUUAUAAAAAAUUAAAAAGAAAGGUAAUGAUACCAUAUAUUCUCUAG